AUGUCUUUCAUCUCGUCAAUAUUCUACCGCGCCGCCGUAAGCGAGGAGUCCAGAAGGGCUCCCGUAGGCAAGUUCAACCGUCCCAGGCGUCCAGCGCCCCGAACGGGCAGUCUCAACCCCAACGACUUGGACGGCGAGCUUCCGAUCGACGAUGCUUCCGAAAUCCCAGGCGAGCCGUCGGAUGCCGACACUUUCCAGAGCAAGGUGAAGGUAAUCGAGGAGAUCAUCGCCGAGGAGAAUCUCUACAAGGUGCUCGGCAUCGCGCGCACCGCCAAGAACGAGGACAUCCGUCGUGCCUUUCUCACAAGAAGCAGGUCUUGCCACCCGGACAAGUUCCCGGACUAUCCCGACUCCACCAUCGCGUUCCAGAAGCUUGCAUUCGCCUAUGAGACGCUUUCCAAGCCGGCGUCUCGCCAGGCGUACGACUUUUCGCCUCACACCCACUCCAUGUUCAAGGGCAAAUCUCCGCACGAUGCCUUUGACGACGAGUUCGGCGAGGCUUUCGCAGAUGCUACCCUGCAAGACGUGCUGUUCACCGUCUAUAUCGAGUUCUUCGAGGGCGACUUUACAUCCGUCAAGGCGCUGCUCAAGGUCCUCGCCGAUAGUGGGCUGGGCACCUACAGCGAUGCCAACAUCAGCAGCAUCGAAGCCAAGUUCCGCGUGCUCUCGCGCCUCAUGCGUGCCACGCGCAGAUACUCGCGCGUGCUGCUCAACGAGAUGUCGCGCCUCUACGAGAUUCAGCAGGACUUGCGCGGACUGUCGUACUUUGACAUCCCGGGGCGUCUGCGCUUGACCCUACAGCUAGCACGCGUCACGCUCAGCAUUCCGUUGGCCAUCGAUCAAGCCAUGCAGAAUCCAGAGGAUUACGAUCGCAAGGAAUUCGGCCAGUGGUUCGAGGACAUGCGCGCGCAGUCGUCCGACUACGACUCGAGCGACGACGACAACGACUCGGCUCGUGGCGAUCGCGCAUUCGGCUUGCAGGCCGAGGCGGAUGCCAACGCGCCUGGCUCCGACGAACACGCUCGCAUGCGCUACGUUCGUGCGCGCGACGCCCGCAUCGCACGUCGCGCCGCUGAGCGUCGUGAUCCAGCCUCGCAAGACGGCCCGAGCGUCAAUGCGGAGGCGGCGGCCCUCCCACACGAAGAGGAGGUCAAGGAGCUGCGCGCCGGCUUCUUGGGCCCCACCACCACAGCACUUUUCACGGGCAUGGUCAAUCUGCUCGAAGCGGGCGAGGGCUGGGUGGGAGGCAAACCUGCAUCCUGA